AUGGCUUCUUUAACCCUGCAUAGCCUCCAGGUAAAGCAGCUCGAUAUCUGUACUAGUUUUUCCUUUUUCGGAAUCGACCAGAAAUUCAAGUUUUUGUGUGGACAACCUUCGUUCAGCUCAAGCAGCAUGCAGCAGAAAUCCAUAGUCUACUCACUCAAAACUGGGGCCGACAAGCAAGGAGGAGACGGAGACAGAGAACUACACUUCAUAAGUGUCACAGCAUCAAGCAGUGAAGAAGAGAAAAGGAGGUGCUCGAGCUGGCUUAUCAAGCGAAUUCAUCAUAUCAACUCAAGCAAGUUCUUCCAGCGGACGUCUUAA